AGAAUGUGAAAUCUGGUUUGAACCGGUUUCCAUCUUAUAUUUCUAUAUAAAAACUUUAUAAAACAUACAGCCGUUAUUAUUUUACAUUUAGCCACCAUCGGCUGGCGCAGUGAUCUCUGUGGCGGUGAAAGAGCCUACUCCCCAUCGCUGAAUUUUCGUCCUACUUCAGACGGUCAACAUGCCUAAGAGAAAGCUUGAUGGAGAGAAGACAGCCAAGACCAAGGAGGAGCCUAGACGCUCUGCGAGGUUGUUAGCUAAGCCUGCUGCCCCUAAGCCAGCACCCAAGCCGAAAAAGGCUGCACCCAAGAAGGCGCCCAAAGGGAAGAAGGGCAAAGACAACCCAGCUGAAAAUGGAGAUGCCAAGAUAGACCAGGCACAGAAGGUGGAGGCUGCUGGGGACACCAAAUGAACAGUGUUUUUUGAAUUUUUGAGCAUUCUAUGUACUUGGUGACUGUACAGUUUGAAAUAACUAUUUUUUACCAAGUUUUAUAUAAAAAUGCCCUUUUUAGUUCUAUCGUUAGUUACAUUUGAUGUAUUGAAACGUGUGUAAAGGGGUCUAUCGUGUUCUAAUCUUUUUUUUAAUGCCAUUGUCAUAUAAACUCCGUCCUUAUUCUUUCUGAAUGUCGUGCCCUUUCUAAAUCAGUUAAACUGCUGAAUGUUACGAUUUUUAUCCUACAUUUUGGUUUUUAAAAUGCAGUUUUAAAUACCAAACAUCAUAAGGCAGCUAAAAUAUUUGUAAAAGAAAUGGGAUUGAAGGUCCCUUGUUAUAAUGUUUUGAAUCCAAACAACAACAUUAUGAAGGUAAAUCAGUUAGGAACAGCAGAAUUAACAUUUUAAAAAUAAAAUCCUUCCCAAUUGACAUUUAUGAUGCAAACUUUGAAUUAGUUUGAAACUUUUAUGUUUUUUGUGUUUUCAUCAAAUAUUUUUGGAAAUAUUGGAGGAAAGUCAUUUUCAUGAAUUAAAAAAAAAAAAGAACAUGA